AUGCUCGCUUUCAGUACAGUAUUUGUUUGUAUGCAGUUAUUCACUUUGUUGCAAGAUAUAACGAAUAUGGAUGUGAAUUUAAGUCAUGAAAGAGUUAGAAAUAUCGAAGAAGGCUCUGAUAAGUCAGAAAAUGCAUAUUCACAGAUUAAUGAUGAAAACCAGAUACUAAUUGAUUCUCAAAUGCAUACUAAUAGUAUUUUGAGUAGUUAUUUUACAAAAGAAAUCACACCUGAAGAUCCAUUUGAAUCAGUCUGUGAACUGAGUCCCACUGAACAACUGAUAAAAGAGCCUGAAUCAACUGAAAAACCUGUUGUGUCGAUACAGACUCAACCAGAGGCUAAUGCAGACAUUGCUAGUUUGAAUCGCUUGAGACAUCGAGAUGCUUGGUUGCCUUCUGAAUCUACUAGAAGUCUAUUGAUGAAUCGAAAUUCAAAUCUCAAGUCAAUUGAAAUAAGACCCAUUCUGAUGGGGAAAGACUAUGAAGUUGAAGAUGGCAGUAAUACUACUUCUUCACUUGAUCCAUUCUACCAUCUACUAGUUCAGUAUUCAAGUGAAGAACCGGGUAUUAAUGCAAUUCGAAGGCCUCCAUCUAUUGAACAAGUAGAUCAAAGUGUUGAUGGUUUGAAAGAAUUGAUUGCUAAUGGAUGGUAUACUUGUGCUUUAAAUCUUACCUAUCGUAUUCUCUCGAAUUUGGGCUUUCAAGAAGGAAAAAGUGGUUCAGUACUGACUCCAUAUACUGCUCAGAUUUGGCUUACUCGAUUAGCCUUACUGGUUCGUACACGGAAUUAUGAGUUGGCUGAACGUGAGCUCGCCACAUUUCAAAAUAUGGAUGCACCAAAUGUUUAUUUUGAGUAUACUCCUGAACUAUAUCCGGGACGAACAGGUUCUAUUAUCCCAUUUUCUUUGAGACUACUUCAUGCUGAGUUACCGUUUCACCUUAAUCGUUCUACAGAAGCACUGGAUCGUCUAUAUUAUUUACUAGCUAUUAUUGGUAGAAUUCGAAGUAAUCUAGAGAAAGGUUUUAAAGAAGAUGGUUUAACAAAUGAAUCAGAUCCUGCUUAUCGACAAACUUCAUUGAAUUUAUGGAAGAGUCGAGAGAUUCGUGUACUAUCUAGUUGUCUAUCAAUUUUUCUACAGAAAUUCGACCAUCAAUCAGCAAUUCAAAUUGUACAUCAAAUUUCUGGUUUAUGUUGUGAUAAUCAAGUUGCACUGAGAGGAUUUUGUGCUAUUCUAGGUCGAAUUUAUUUACAGUUUGGUGAUUUAGAGACAGCUAAAGCAUAUUUUGACAAAUCAUUGCCCAGUGCAGAUGUAUCGUUGAAUGAUAAUCCUCAAGUGUUAAUACGAAAGUGUUUUCAAAAUGCUCUGUUAUGUAUUGGUAAAGGUGAAUAUCAAGAAGCCAGAAAACUAUUCCAAGAAGUUUUAAGUUUAGAUCCUACAAAUGUGACUGCAGCCAAUAAUUUAGCCAUCUGUGGUUUAUACCUUGGACAGUUAACUGAAUCAAUUGGAGCUUUGGAGAAGUUAACAACAGUCGGACUAACUGGACAGUUAUUGCCUAAUCCUCUUGAUAAUAUCUCUUCAACAGGAUCAUCUACAUCUUUUCUACUUAAUACACAAUGUCGUCGAUUUUGUCUACACGAUGUAAUGAUAUCGAAUCUCACUGCACUGUAUGAAGUUGAAUCUGAUUCUGCAACUGUAAAAAAAGUGAACCUGUUAAAAAAGUUGAUUAAAAUACCUGGUGAACCGGUGCAUGUGUCAUCAUUUAAAUUACCUGUUAAACAAUAA